GUGGAGUGGUAACAAGAGAAAAAUCUAGACAUCAUUCGAAUGUGGAUGGAACAAAAAUCUCGUAUUGCUUUAGGAUUUGGCGUUUUUCAUGGAUCUGAUGCAACCCCUUCUUUUCUCUUACCAAAUCUAACUCACUCAUCAUGUGACUCUGUUCGGUUUCACUUCUUCUUCUUCUUCUUCUUCUUCACUUUUCCUUCUUCUCUGUUCACGAUCCCUUUCCUCACACAUUGGGUUUCUCUUCUUUUCACUCUUUCAACAACAACGGCAUGGAGUCUCUGCAACUUGGUUCUCCUCUUCUUCUUCGGCAUCCUCGUACACCAGCUCAAGCUUAUGCCAAUUCACGGUUGAUGAAAAUUGCGCAACUGGGGUUCCCUUCUUUUCUUAAAAGGGCUGCUAAAAAUGCCAACCUGCGUGCGUUUCCGGUGGAUAAUGAAGGUGGGGUUGCUGCUUCACAAGAUGACCCUUUUGCUUUUGAAGAUGAACAAGUGAAGGCUCUCCCUUUAUCUACAGAGAUGGAUGAUUUUGGCUCUAUUGUUGGCUUUCACUUGGGCUCUGAGAAUGGGAAGAUCACGGAAGAAGAUUCAACUAGUGAUGGAGUUGAAGAGAAAGCUAAGGCUAGAGUUUGCUACAAUAUUGUUUUUGUUACUUCAGAAGCGGCGCCGUAUUCAAAGACCGGUGGCCUUGGAGAUGUUUGUGGUUCUUUGCCAAUAGCACUGGCAGCUCGGGGUCACCGUGUUAUGGUUGUCUCUCCCAGGUACAUCCAUGGUACUCCUGGGGAUAGUAAGUUUUCUGGGGCAAUCGAUCUUGAACGCCGCAUCAAUGUACCUUGUUUUGGAGGUGCUCAGGAAGUAGGCUUUUUCCAUGAGUGCAGGGAGGGUGUUGAUUGGGUAUUUGUAGAUCACCCCUCAUUCCAUAGACCAGGGAAUCCAUAUGGGGACAAGAAUGGGCCAUUUGGGGAUAAUCAGUUUCGGUUCACUUUACUUUGCUAUGCAGCAUGUGAAGCCCCAUUGGUGCUUCACUUGGGAGGGCUUACUUAUGGAGAAAAGUGUUUAUUCAUUGUUAAUGAUUGGCAUGCCAGCCUAGUACCAGUACUUCUAGCAGCAAAGUAUCGUCCACAUGGGGUAUAUAAGGAUGCACGUAGUGUAUUAGUGAUUCAUAACAUUGCACAUCAGGGAGUGGAACCUGCAAUUACAUAUGGUAAUUUGGGGCUGCCUCCAGAAUGGUAUGGAGCACUGGAAUGGGUGUUCCCUAAUUGGGCAAGGGUGCAUGCUCUUGACACGGGUGAAGCUGUCAACUUUUUGAAAGGUGCCGUUGUUACAGCUGACCGGAUUGUAACAGUAAGCAAGGGUUAUUCGUGGGAGAUAACAACUAGUGAAGGUGGAUAUGGUCUGCAUGAACUAUUAAGCAGCCGAAAAAGUAUUCUCAGUGGGAUCACAAAUGGAAUUGAUAUUACUGAAUGGGACCCAUCAUCUGACGAACAUAUUGCAUGCAGCUAUUCUGCCGAUGACCUUUCUGGGAAGGUCAAAUGCAAGAUUGCAUUACAGAAGGAGUUGGGUCUCCCAGUGAGGCCUGAUAUUCCGUUGAUUGGAUUCAUCGGAAGACUUGACUACCAAAAAGGCAUUGACUUGAUUCGUGAGGCAAUUCCAGAGCUUAUGGAGUAUGAUGUUCAGUUCGUAAUGCUUGGUUCUGGUAGCUCUAUUUAUGAAGACUGGAUGAGAGCAGCAGAGUCCUCUUAUAGAGAUAAAUUCAGGGGUUGGGUUGGAUUUAAUGUUCCAGUAUCUCAUAGAAUAACUGCAGGCUGUGAUAUACUGUUAAUGCCAUCCAUAUUCGAGCCCUGCGGACUAAAUCAGUUGUAUGCAAUGCGAUAUGGAACAAUACCAGUGGUUCAUGAAACUGGCGGGCUAAGGGAUACUGUUCAAAGUUUUAAUCCAUUUGCUGAAGGAGGCAAUGCUGAAGGCACAGGGUGGACGUUUUCUCCACUAUCAAAGGAGAGCAUGUUAGUGGGUCUAAGACAUGCCAUUAAAACAUAUACUGAAUACAAGUCUUGUUGGGAGGGACUGAUGAAAAGAGGCAUGAACAGAGAUUACACAUGGGUAAAGGCAGCCACUCAGUACGAGCAAAUCAUCGAAUGGGCGUUCAUGGAUCCACCCUAUUGCUGAAAGCAGAAAUGAAGUUUUGAGUAAAGUAUAGAAGGUCAACACUAGAUUUUCUUUCAAUAUACAGGUUACACAUGAAAAAAUUUCCUGUUCAUAAUUGUCAUGUCCACAUUAUGCUUGUAAUUUUACCAUUAAACAUUUUUUCAAACUAUUUUUGUUGAUGGCUGCACAUAUGUUCCUGUCUUGGACUGUACUCUGAUAGUAUGACAGGGUGCAUUAACCAACCUAGGUAGGUAGUCCUCGUGGACUAUUUUACUGACUGAACUCCUCAUUAUUUUUAACUAAGUAGUAUUUAUUGAUCUUGCAA